AUGUACAACAGAUACAUCCCCCCACCCAAGCCAGCGGGCGGUGCUGCUGCCCCCGUAUCGUCGCAACCACCAGUGUCGCAACCACCGGCGCAACCAGCACGAAUUGUCUUUGGCGAUGAUGACUUUGUCGCAAAUAACCAGCCCAAACCUGUCGUCAAGGAACCAGUACACCAAUUAGAGGAGGAACCCAAGUCCAACAAGUCGAAAAAGUCCCACAACAAGAAGCAACGCGACACCGACAACGAUGCUGAAGAGCCUCCACGAAAGAAGACCAAGACCGACGACGACAAUGACGAGCCCCAAACCGAACAGAAAGACGAAGCGCAACCCGAGACAAUAAAGAAAGACCCCAAGAAACCCAAGCGCGAAAAGAAAAAGAAGGAAAGCGUCCUCGAAAACCCCGUCGCCGAUCUCGAAGAUGACCUUCAAAUCCGCCAACGCCAUCGCUCCGUCUUUGAAAAAGUCGAAAAGGCUCUCAAGCUGAAAGAGUUACAAGGCGACGACGAGGAAGAAACCCCCGAACCCGAAGAACCCGUCUACGACCUCGGUCCCCUCCCGCAACCCGCCCCUGUAAUCGUCGACUCCUCCAAACUCACCUACGAGACCUUACCGCCCUGGCUCGCCAAUCCCAUCCGCGUCACCACCGAGACUAGGAAACCGUUUACAGAGCUAGGCAUUUCCCCCGAGGCAGCCAAGGUUCUGGCCACAAAGGGAUUUAAGGAUGCAUUUGCCGUGCAGACGGCUGCUCUCCCUUUGCUUCUACCUAACCCUGAUCUGCAGGGUGACGUGGUGGUGGCUGCGCCUACUGGUUCUGGCAAAACGCUGGCGUAUGUAUUGCCUAUGGUGCAGGAUAUUGCGCUUAGUCAGACGACCAAACUUAGGGGAGUUAUUGUUUUACCGACGAGAGAUCUGGUGCAGCAAGUCCAGGCGGCGUGCGAGGCGUGCGCGGCGGCGUUUGCGGGGAGUGCCGAUGGAAAAAGAGUAAAGGUUGGAACGGCGAUGGGAAAUCGGCCGUUCAAAGAGGAGCAGGGGGUUAUCAUGGGCACCGAACAAAAGUACGAUCCGCAGGGGUAUCAGAAGUGGUUGGAGAGACAGAAGCAGUUGGUGGAUCUGGAUGGGGAUAGCGACGAGGAUAUGGAGGAGGAGCUUGACCUGGAGCUAAAGCGCCCAUUGCCGUAUCACGUCAUUCAGCAUAUCCCCAAGGUCGACAUCCUCAUCUGCACCCCCGGUCGCCUGGUAGAGCACAUCACCAAAACCAAGGGCUUCACGCUCGAUUAUGUCCGAUGGCUGGUAGUCGACGAAGCCGACAAGCUUCUCGCGCAAGACUUCCAGCAAUGGUUGGACGUGGUGAACGACAAGUUGGCCGUCAGUAAGCCCGGCGCGAGAGACUUUGCGGCGAACAACAAGACGGGACCGAGGAAGAUGAUUCUGUCGGCGACCAUGACGAGGGAUAUCACGCUUCUGAACGGGCUGAAGCUUUCCAGGCCGAAGCUGGUGGUCUUGGAGGGUGCGAAGGCGGGUGAUCUGGCGAUUCCUGCUACGCUUAAGGAGUAUGCGAUCAAGGUUGCCGAGCCAAGUCUUAAGCCGUUGUAUUUGAUCGAUUUGUUGCAGAGCAAGUACAUGGUUCCUGUUAACGGGAAGGAUGUUGCUGGGUCUGAGUCUUCUAGCUCGGAUUCUGAUUCCAGCUCUUCCGACUCCGACUCCGACUCCGACUCCGACUCCUCCUCAGACUCCGAUUCCGACAGCGAAGCCGAACCCACAACCCGCAAGGCCAAAUCCUCGACAAAAUCCGCGUCCAAGCCCACCACAUCAUCCUCAAAGACAGCAACCUUCCCAACAACAGCCCUAAUCUUCACAGCAUCCAACCAAUCCGCCCUCCGCCUCUCGCGCCUUCUCUCCCUCCUCCUCCCCUCCCUCUCUUCCCAAAUCGGCACCCUAACCUCCUCCACCAAGACCUCCGUCCGUCUCCGCACCCUCCGCGCUUUCUCCUCCGGAAAACUUCGCAUCCUCGUCGCCUCCGACCUCGUAUCGCGCGGUAUCGACCUCUCAAACCUCGACCACGUAAUCAACUACGACCUACCCCUCUCCGAGACUUCAUACGUGCACAGGGUCGGCCGUACCGCCCGUGCCGGCAGGGAAGGAAAGGCGUGGACGAUGGUGGAGUUUGCGGAGGCGAGGAGGUUCUGGAGGGAGUUUGUUGGUGAAGGACAGGGGGCGGUUUGUAAUGUUAAGAGAGCGGAGGGGAGGACGGUGGAGAGGGUGAGGGUUACGGAGGGGAUGGAGGAGAAGAAGGCCGGAAAGGAGGGGGAGCAAAGGGAGAAGAAGAAGAAUGGGGGGUUCAGUGAGGAGAGGGUUAAGGCUCUGGAAGAGGCGUUGGAGAUGUUGAGGGUUGAGGCUACUAAGAGGGUUAGAGCGACUUUCUACUUACCUACCUUGGAAUGA